AUGGCGGCGGCCGGGCUGGUCCGGAGGCGGGCCCCGCUGCGGGCGCUGUGGCGGGGCGCGUCGUCGUGCUCGCUGCGGCGGGAGGGCUGCGUGGGGCUGAGCGCGCCCCAGCUGGGCGUGCCGCUGCAGGUCUUCGUGGCCGAGCUGCCCGCGCGGCUGGUGGAGGAGACCCCGGCCGAGGAGCGCCGCCGCCGCCAGAUGCGCCCCUUCCCGCUGCGCGUCUUCGUCAACCCGGCCCUCCGCGUCCUCGACGCCCGCCUCCUCGCCCUCCCCGAGGGCUGCUGCAGCCUCCGCGGCUUCUCGGCCUACGUGCCCCGCUACCAGGCCGUCCAGGUCACAGGUAGGCCGGCAGGGAGCAGGGCGGGAGGUAGGGCUGCCAGCUGGCUGGGAAGGGAGCGGCCGCUUCUUCGAGCCCCAGUCGAGGCCACCGGCUGGGCAGCCCGCAUCGUCCAGCACGAGAUGGACCACCUGCAGGGCAUCCUGUACAUCGACAAGAUGGACAGCAGGACUUUCACCAACGUGCACUGGGCCGAGCUGCAGGACUGAAGAUCGGCCGCACGGGGGUGGGGGUGGGGUGGCCUCUGCUUUGCCUCCAGCGUGGGAAGGGGCUGAGCCCACCAAGCCCUUGCGCAGGGCCUGUCCACAAAAGGGGGUGGCUGGAAUGAGUCACUGCGGGUUCUUAUGCCAGCCAGGCCAUCUCUGGCCACUGCAGCAGUGCUGGGGGCCUGAUCCAAGUGGCACGCUGAAUCCUUGCAGGGGAGCCGCAAAAGGCCCCCCACGUUCAGUCUGGUCUACCCUGUUGUAGCUGGCUGAGGGCAGGCACUGAUCGCCGGGGGAGGGAAUGGGGUCAGCCCUGCACCCACACUCAAGACUCCGGAUGAAGCCUGGCAAAGGCAGACCAACGCUGUUUAGCACACACCCACGCCCACACACCGGCCCUUUGCACCAGCCGGGGGAGGAACCCAACAGCUCCGGAGAGGCCUGCAUUAGAAGUACCCGGUAAUGAAUGGUGCUGCAGGAGAAUGCAUAAAGGUUUUGAAACGGGGGGGCGGGGGUGUC